CCUGUUUUUUUUUUCUUCAAAAGUCUCAUGUAGGCCUACAUUGAAAACCACACAUUGGCUGCUACUGUAGGCCGAAUGAUAGAACAGUUGUCUACAUGUUAAAAUGUUAUGGGAUGCAUUUUGUCCAUUGUUUUUGAUGGUAGGCCACCCUGGUAGGCCUACAUUAUGAUCAAAUAGCCACAGUAGCCUACUUGGCCACUGUAACUUGCGGGUAUAGCCUCAGUGGUCCAAGUAAACGCGCGCUGGAAGUUGCACAUAAUUUUCACAACAUUCGAGCUCAGCAGACCAGAAAUUUGCUCAAUGCCUAAAACAUUUUAAGAGAACAUUGGUUGUGACUCAUAUGUAUGGUAUCCUUUGGGACUGUGAAAAAAUAGAACAAGUACAGGCUUGUGUUGUUUCUAUAUUAGAACACACAGCCUGAGGGACUUUAAGAUAUGGUUGGUCAACACUGUAUACACAGCUGUUUUUUUUUGGGGGGGGGAUCCUUAUAAUACAUGUCUUUAUUAUGUUGUUCAUUAUAGGACCAAAGAGAACAUGAUGGCUAUUGAUCACAGACUUUCUCUACCCCUGGCAAGUUUUAUUAUGGCCAUUUCCUUGACUACAACUACAACUCUGACAAGCUCUUCUGAGAGAGGAAAUAAUGCCACUGUCGCAAAUAUCCGUUUGGUUACUGCAAUCACAGAGACAAUGGCGCCAAACCAGACCUACACCACAGCCAUGUCAACUCCUUCAAAUGUCACUGUUGACGGUGCUCUCUCUACUACAAGUUACCAUAACUCAAGUCAGAACAGCACUGGAACAACAACUCACAAUGCUGUGCAGGACAACUCAACAACCACAACAGCACUGGCUGUGAGCUCAAACACAACCACUGAGGCAACACCAUCAGCUUUGGCCCCUACUGCUAAUGCUACAUCUGCAGACAUUACUGUCCCAGGUAUUGUCCCCUCCACUGCACCAACCACCCAAGCAGCCAAGACCACUGAAAACCAAAGCAGUACAUCAAAUAUCCCACCACAACAAUCCACUAAGAAUCUUCCUCAAACCACAAAUGCCGCCAUGUCGAUGACAACCGCAACACAUAAUGUGACACAAGGUUUUGGACUAGACAAUUCAGAAAAAGGCAUGACGGUUUUCUUCAGUGUUGUGCUUGGGGUGUUUGUUUUGGGAAUAUUUAUGUACACGUUGAAUAGAUGGAACCAGAUGAGGCAAUACUCACAUCGACCUCUCUAUAACAACUCUGAGGCCGAAGUGGGUGGAUCCCUAGCAGCAGACGACACACUUGUAAUUUCAGGAGGACUCUACGAUGGUUCACAAAUCUAUAAUCCAACUAUGACAACUACUGAUAUGACGGAGGAUGAGUUCAAUUUUGAUAACCGUCUACAUGUGUCCCAGCGAUCACAGUUCCGCCUGGAGUUCUUAACUGAAGAACGAGAGAGCUCCCCAGGCUAUGAGGCCUCUACCUUUCAUACUUUUCAGCCAAUUGAUGAUGAUUUUUAAUGUCAAAUCUAGCUUCUUUUUUUUCUUUUUUUUACUCCAGUUUGUAAAUGGUGUCCAAACUAGCCAAUGGGCUUUUUUUAACAUCACUUUAACAAUUGCAUUGUUUAUACUGUUGAAGUCGGAAGUUUACAUACACUUAGGUUGGAGUCAUUAAAACUUUUUCAACCACUCCACAAAUUUCUUGUUAACAAACUAUAGUUUUGGAAGUUGGUUAGAACAUGUACUUUGUGCAUGACACAAGUCAUUUUUCCAACAAUUGUUUACAGACAAAUUAUUUCACUUAUAAUUCACUGUAUCACAAUUCCAGUGGGUCAGAAGUUUACAUACACUAAUUUGACUGUGCCUUUAAACAGCUUGGAAAAAUUCCAGAAAAUGAUGUCAUGGCUUUAGAAGCUUCUGAUAGGCUAAUUGACAUCAUUUGAGUCAAUUGGAGGUGUACCUGUUGAGGUAUUUCAAGGCCUACCUUCAAACUCAGUGCCUCUUUGCUUAACAUCAUGGGAAAUGUAAAAGAAAUCAGCCAGGACCUUGUGAAGAUGCUGGAGGAAACAGGCACAAAAGUAUCUGUAGCCACAGUAAAACGAGUCCUAUGUCGACAUAACCUGAAAGGCUGCUCAGCAAGGAAGAAGCCACUGCUCCGAAACCGCAAUUAAAAGCCAGACUAUGGUUUGCAACUGCACAUGGAGACAAAGAUCGUACUUUUUGGAGAAAUGUCCUCUUGUCUGAUGAAACAAAAAUAUAUCUUUUGGCCAUAAUGACCAUCAUUAUGUUUGGUGGAAAAAGGGGGAGGCUUGCAAGCUGAAGAACACCAUCCCAACCAAUAAGCACAUGUUGUGGGGGUGCUUUGCUGCAGGAGGGACAGGUGCACUUCACAAAAUAUAUGGCAACAUCUCAAGACAUCAGUCAGGAAGUUAAAGCUUGGUCGCAAAUGGGUCUUCCAAAUGGACAAUGACCCCAAGCAUACUUCCAAAGUUGUGGCAAAAUGGCUUAAGGACAACAAAGUCAAGGUAUUGGAGUGGCUAUCACAAAGCCCUGACCUCAAUUAUAUAUAAAAUCUGUGGCCAGAAAUGAAAAAGUGUGCGCGAGCAAGGAGGCCUACAAACCUGACCCGGUUACACUAGCGCUAUCAGGAGAAAUGGGCCAACAUUCACCCAACUUAUUGUGGGAAGCUUGUGGAAGGCUACCCGAAACAUUUGACCCAAGCUAAACAAUUUAAAGGCAAUGCUACCAAAUACUAAUUGAGUGUAUGCAAACUUCUGACCCACUGGGAAUGUGAUGAAAGAAAACAAAUCUGAAAAAUAAUUCUCUCUACUAUUAUUCUGGCAUUUCGCAUUCUUAAAAUAAAGUGGUGGUCCUAAGUGACCUAAAACAGGGAAUAUUUACUAGGAUUAAAUGUCAGGAAUUGUGAAAAACUGAGGUUAAAUGUAUUUGUGCAUGUAAACUUCAUACUUCAAAAAUUGUAUUUUUUCUUCUUAGUACUUUUUUCAACCUACCAUUCCAUCCCUACCCUAAUUGGAUACAGCUAAUGGAUAACAAUACUUAUACCGCUACUUACAGUUAUUUCGCUCUAUGAUACCUGUAGUAAAAUAAUUAUAUAUAUAUUCCUAACUUCCUCUUUCUUCAAGUGUUGGAUUUUCACCCACAGCGGCCAAUCCAUUAUUCAUUCUGAUCUUAACUCCAACCCUCCGAUGUCCACAGAUUAACCCAUCUUUACCAGUAUAAUGCCAUUUUUCUAUUUUCUUUUACAAUACAUCCCUUCAUUUUACGAUGAUGUCUUACGAGGGUCCUGAACCUCCCUAAUUUAAGAUUUCUACAGAUAUUGCCCUAAAAAUGUACUGUAUACUUUACCUAGGAGUAUAAUGAUAUUUCGCAUUGACUGAUUGUGGUUUUUCAGAUCCCCUAACAAUGCAGGUUGCAGGUCCUGCUGAACACAGGCAUUAAGACUGAACAACCAUUCCUGGGCCUGACUCCAAAGUCGAGCCACCAAUGGACUGUACCAUAAAAUAUGUUCUAUUGAUUCUGUGUACUCAUGACAGUCUGCACAAAGCUGACUGUUCAAUGCCCAAUAUAUUGAGCAUUCAUUUUGUAGCAAGUAUUUUAUACUAUAGCUUAAAUUUAAAAUAAUUGAUUGAAGUGUCAAUUGUUGUUUUAUAUAUCAAUUCAUAGAUCCGAUGCCAAGGUAUUGAGCCAUCAAAAGCCUGUUCUCAUAUGACUUGAAUUUUAUACGGUAUUGCUGUCAAACGCUUUGACUGAUACAUUUUUCGAUUUACACUACUCAUUUUAAACCAUUUAUGAUUUUGAAUGGGUGGCAGACAGAUUAAUUCUUUAAUUUCUUCAAAAAGUAAUGGUCUCUUCCCAUUUUGUGGCAGUGAUGCAAUGAGUUGGUUAUAAUUUUUGGAUUGAGCAUAUACCUCCAUACACUGUUGUUAGUAUGCCUGUGUGACAUAAGUUUACAAUUUUUUUCAUUAUUUUUUUCUGUAUCAGUAAAUUGGAGUUAAUAUUAUUAUAUUAUUAUUAUAUUAUUUGCUGUAAAAUUAGAUCUUCCUUUUCUGGAGGAUGGAAUUGAAAUUGUAGCCAACUCUGUAAAAAGGAGGAUACUUGAAACGGAUUGUACACUAAGUGUACAAAACAUGAGGAACAUUUGCUUUCUCCGUGACAGUCUGACCAGAUGAAUCCAGGUUAAAGUUAUGAUCCCUUAUUAAUGUCACCUGUUAAAUCCACAGGUUAAAGAAGGAUUGUUAAGAUUUGAGACAUGGAUUGUGUGUGUGUGCCAUUUAGAGGGUGAAUGGGCAAGACAAAAAUUUAAAUGCCUUUGAAUGGGUUAUAGUAGUAGGUCCCAGGCAAACUAGUUUGAGUGUGUCAAGAACUGCAACGCUUCUGGGUUUUUCAUGCUCCACAGUUUCCCGUGUGUAACUAGAAUGGUCCACAACCCAAAGGACAUCUAUCCAAGUUGACACAACUGUUGGAAGCAUUGGAGUAAACAUGGGCCAGCAUCCCUAUGGAAUGCUUUCGACCAACUUGUAGAGUCCAUGCCCGACGAAUUGAGACUGUUCUUAGGACAAAAGGGGUUGAAACUCAAUAUUAUGAAGGUGUUCCUUAUGUUUUCUACACUCAGUGUUUAUACAGUGCAUUCGGAAAGUAUUCAGACCCCUUCACUUUUUACACAUUUUGUUACUUUACAGCCUUAUACUAAAUUUGAUUAAAUAUGUUUUUUCCCUCAUCAAUCUACACACCAUACCCAAUAAUGACAAAGUGAAAAAAGGUUUUUAGAAAUGUUUGUAAAUGUAUUCAAAAUAAAAAACAGAAAUACCU